GCGCACGCCCGUUCGGGGGGACCGGAGACAAGACCAGCCGGCGGGGGACGAGCAGGGCCCGGCAAACGACACAACUCGCUCGGCGGGGACGGCCCCGCUCGCCGGGCCCGGUCUAGGGAAGAUCGAGCUGGCUGCUGGCUGGCUGGAUGCUGGCUGGCUGGAUGGCUGGCUGGCUGGCUGGCUGGAUGGUGGCGGCUGGCGGCUGUUGGCUGGCUGGCUCGCACGACCCGACCCCAUCUCCCUUUACAGUUGUCGCCACGGCCGUAGACCACCACAAUCGCAGGAGGCAGCCCGCUCCGUUCCCCGCCCCACCGCGACCUCUCGUCGCCCGCACGGGGACCGCGGCCGCCGCCGCGACGACGCCCGCGCCGGGGCCCGCCCGGCUCCGUUCCCGCCCCACCGCACCUCUGUCCGCAAGCCGGGCCCCCUCCCCCCCCCCCCCCCCCUGCCCGCGCCGCCGACGACGCCCGCGCGCGGUCCGGCCCGGCUCCGUUCCCGCCCACCGCGACUCCUCGUCGCCACGCCACGGGGACCCGCGGCCCGCCGCCGCCGACGACGCCGCGCCGGGGCCGCCCGGCUCCGUUUCCCGACCCCACGCGACCUCCUCGUCCGCACGCACGGGGACCCGCGGACCGCCGCCGCCGACGACGCCCCCCGCGCCGGGGCCGCCCGGGCUCCGUCCCCGCCCCACCGCGACCUCCUCGUCCGCACGCACGGGGAUCCGCGGGCCGCCGCCGCCGACGACCCCGCGCCGGGGCGCCCGGCUCCGUUCCCGCCCCACCGCGACCUCCUCGGCCCACGAACGGGACCCGCGGCCCGCCCGCCGCCGACGCCGCCCGCAGCCGGGGCCGCCCGGCUCCGUUCCCAGCCCACCGCGACAGCCACAUUGCGUGGUGGUGGUGGUGGCCGCCGCCUCGCAACGCGACUGUGCUCCCGCUCGGCGCCCCGGCAGCCGGCCGCCCAGCAGCAGACGGGGGCAGACCAGCCUGACCCAUAA